ACGGCUGGUGCCAGCGGGGGUUCCAUUCGGUGCCCCAACUCCGCGCGCUUCGGACGCCAUCGCUGCUUCCUACUCCAGGGCUCAUCGGCGUCGGAAGGCUGACGCGUGAACCCGGGACUGUAAGGUUCUCCACGUCCGACGGUAAGAAUGGUGCGUGUGGCGCUCGCCGCCGUGCUGUUGGCGGCGUCGGUGGUAGCCGUUAGCGGCCAGUACCGGCGGUACAGGCCGCGUGACUUUGGCUAUCCCGCGAGGCAGAGCUCGGAUGUCCAGUUGGCCGAAGCGCCCGGCCCUGUAGCCCCUACCGGCUACAAGGACAUCAGCCGCGGCCACAGUGGCGUCUACGUCGAGGAGAUGUCCAACAGCUACGUCCUGGGUGGGAGGAAGCGUCGGCGCAGCCGCUUCAGGCUCGUUGACAUCCCCACUGAUCAAGGUGGAGCCGGUGGACAGUCAGCCCAGCAGCCGCAGAUCACGGGACAAGACACUGUAGGUCGUGCGGGUUCGCGGGGAAGCGGGGUUCCCUCUGGCGGCGAGGGAGAGCUAGGCAUUUCCCGUCUCUCUGGCGUCCACGGUUGGCCAGCUCAGACAGGUUCCGGCCCCCAGGCCGGACUUUACAGCCAUAGGCUCGGCGGAAACAACGAGCAGGGAACGGCAGGGGCUCCGGGAGCAGCGGGAAUGCCGGGAGCAGCAGGUGCACCGGGACAGCCGGGUCAACCGGGACAACCAGGACAGCCGGGACAGUCGGGACAGUCGGGAACCGGGGGAGGAGGACCUGGGGCGGCAGGACAGCCUGGCCAAAUGGGAGACUCGACAGGCCAGCAAGGAAGUCCCGAGCAGCGAGGCCUUGGCGAGAACAUGGCGGCGCAAGGAAAACCUGGUGAGGCAGGGGCACCGGGUGCUGCUGGAGCUCCAGGACAGCCGGGUCAGCCAGGACAGCCAGGUCAACCUGGACAGUCGGGACAGUCGGGAGCUGCGGGAUCAUCCUCCGUAGGGCGCGAAAGGAGGGACGUCGGCGAAAGCGGUGCGCCACAGGCGGGAAUGACUGGCCUCCCGGGCCUGCCGGGACUUCCGGCAUUACCACCGGCAACAGGACCGGAACCGCAGCAUCCCGCCGGAGGGCGCAACCUUCCAGAGAAAUCAGGCGGCACGCCGGGAGAACCUGGCCGGCCGGGAAAGGAUGGAGCUGACGGGCAGCCAGGGAAGCCCGGAGGACCCGGAGAGCUUGGCGAGCCGGGCCAAAUGGGCGCACCCGGUGAAAUGGGCGAGCCCGGACAUCCUUCCAAGGACGGUGGACCCGCGGGAGCUCCAGGUACUCCGGGACGCCCCGGCAAGCCCGGCGCUCCCGGUCUCCCCGGACCACCUGCCAAGGCUAGCGGUGCUGCUGCCGACGACGAGGCGAACAAGCUACAUUUCGAAACCAAGACCUCGAGUGGUAAAGUGGACGAUGCUGCAAAGGCGGUUCCGGACAAGAACGCAGCAGUUUCAGCUUCCGGAGACGCUGCGGGUACCACCGGAGCAGCACACAACGAGGUUACCGCCCACAACAGGCCCCCAGGCCGCUACCGCAGGCUGCGCCAGGCCAAUCGGCGCCGCCACCACAAGCACGGCCACCCACGGCUGCGCAACCUCAACCACUGAAAGACUCAGUCCAAGACAGCGGGUCCGUGUGUGUGUGGGACAAACGGAGGUUUUCUGCAAGGGGAGGAGAGGAAGAGACGCAACGACAGACCUGCGCAUUGAAGGAACUUCAGUUUUUUUUUCUAUUUCUUUUCUUGAAGUAAAACACCGCGGCCCCGUUGCCCUGGCUACUCAUUCCUCGAUCCCCUUUGGCACGCUUGCCAUGUACUUGGCGGCCAGAC